CAUUAUUCACACCUCAUUCUCAAAAUCCUUGCAAAGCUUUCUGCUCCUCAUCAAUGAAAGCAUCACAGUUGCAUUGGCUUGAAUUCUGUGACUGCCACCCUUCUACCUUCCUAAUGUGUAACUGGGAGGGAGCACAGCCUAUGAUACAGGACUGAUGGUGGUGGGGAAACUGAGGCACAAAGUUGAAGUGGCCAGGUGUGACUGUGUCACUCUCUCCGAAGCAGAAUCAAGAAUAGAAGUGUGCUGGGCACACGGCUCCUUCCGUCUUGCCUUUGAGAUUCCCUGCCAGUGAGGGCCGCUGUACCGUGUGAUGGACUUGGACCCAUAUGCAAGCAUGCAGGUCGGGAUGCGGGUGGUCCGUGGAAUUGACUGGAAAUGGAGCAACCAGGACAACGGCGAAGGGAACGUUGGGACCGUGGUUGAGAUUGGCCGGCAAGGCAGCCCAACAACGCCGGAUAGGACUGUGGUGGUCCAGUGGGAUCAAGGGACCAGAACCAAUUAUCGGACUGGAUUCCAAGGCGCCUAUGACCUUCUUCUGUACGAUAAUGCACAAAUAGGUGUACGCCAUCCCAACAUCAUCUGUGAUUGUUGCAAGAAGCACGGGAUCAGAGGCAUGCGGUGGAAGUGCAAGGUGUGCUUUGAUUACGACUUGUGCACGCAGUGUUACAUGAACAACAAGCACGACGCCUCGCACGCCUUUGAGCGCUACGAGACUGCCCACUCACGACCAGUCACGGUGGGUCCACGACAGAACUUGCCUCGUAUCACGUUAAAAGGCACUUUCCAGGGGGCCAAAGUUGUCCGUGGCCCAGACUGGGAGUGGGGUAAUCAGGAUGGUGGUGAAGGUAAAACCGGGAGAGUGGUGGAUAUUCGUGGCUGGGACGUGGAGACUGGCCGCAGCGUGGCCAGCGUCACGUGGUCUGACGGCACCACAAACGUUUACAGAGUCGGGCACAAGGGAAAGGUGGAUCUGAAAUGCAUUGUGGAAGCAUCUGGCGGCUUUUACUACAAAGAGCAUCUCCCAAGACUAGGAAAGCCUGCUGAGCUGCAGAGGAAAGCAAGCACAGAGAGGCACCCCUUCCAGCAUGGGGACAAAGUGAAAUGCCUGCUGGACAUUGACAUCUUACGAGAGAUGCAAGAGGGGCAUGGUGGCUGGAACCCUAAAAUGGCUGAGUUCAUUGGCCAGACUGGGACUGUGCACAGAAUCACUGACAGAGGGGAUGUCAGAGUCCAGUUCAACAGCGAAACCCGCUGGACUUUCCACCCAGGAGCUCUGACUAAGCUCAACACCUUUUGGGUUGAUGAUGUUGUCCGUGUGAUAGAUGAUAUGGAAACAGUGAAGCGAUUCCAAGCUGGUCAUGGGGAGUGGACAGAUGAAAUGGCACCUACGCUAGGGCACAUUGGCAAGGUGAUCAAGGUGUUUGGGGAUGGAGACUUGAGAGUGUCUGUCGGAGGGCAAUCCUGGACCUUUAACCCAGCUUGUCUCACAGCCUACCAGAGAGACGAGGAUGCAAACCUCAUGACAACGGAGAACACCAAGGAAUCCAAAAGCACUUUGAUCUCCAUCCUAGAGAAGCUGCUGUGCCAGAAGAUGGAGUCGGAUCAUCCAGGGCGCUUGGUCGUUGAGGCAGCACAUGACAAUGCUGUUAAAGUCCAGGACCUGGUUCAGAAGUACCCAGACAAGGUUGAUAUAAAGAAUCAGGGCAGAACCGCACUGCAAGUAGCUGCCCACCUGGGCCGGGUGGAGAUUGUGAAGAUCUUACUGCAGGCUAAUGCCAACAUCGACCUGAAGGAUGAAGAGGGGGACGCCGCUCUCCAUUAUGCAGCUUUCGGAAAUCAAGCUGAGGUUGUCCGUGUGCUUGUCAGUCACGGAGCCAAUGCAGACCUGUUGAACAAUACCAAGUGCACAGCCUUGUAUGUCGCAGUCAACAAAGGAUUCACGGAGAUCGUGCGGAUCCUUUGUGAGCACAACUGUGAUGUCAACCUCCCGGAUUCGUUUGAUGACACCCCCCUGCACUAUGCCAUCACUGCCGAUUUGAAAAGCAUCAUCGAGAUCCUCACCGAGGUACCGAACAUCGAUUUCACAGUCCAGAAUCGCCAAGGCUUCAACCUGCUGCACCAUGCUGCACUGAAGGGCAACAAGCUAGCCAUAAAGAAGAUUCUGGCAAGAGCCCGGCAGUUGGUUGAUGCUAAAAAGGAAGAUGGCUUCACCGCCCUGCAUCUUGCUGCCCUCAAUAACCACAUGGAAGUAGCAGAAAUUUUAAUCAGAGAGGGUCGCUGUGAUGUCAACCUCAGGAACAGCCGGAACCAGACUCCCCUGCACCUGGCAGUCACCCAGGGGCACAUGGACUUGGUGCAGCUGCUGGUACGCGAAGGCAGCGAUGUCAACUCAGAGGACGAGGAUGGAGACACGGCCAUGCACAUUGUCUUGGAACGGCAGCAGCUGAUGUCAAUCAUGGCGGAGGAACAGGAAGGGGGCGAGGGACUGUCCCUCUUUUCCAAGCUCCAGGCUUCAGGCUUCCUUGGAAAUGUAGAGCUGAAUGUUGGUGCUGCGAUUGCGUGUUUCCUAGCACAGGAAGGAGCAGAUAUUAAUUAUGCCAACCACAGGGGAAAGUCUCCCCUGGAUCUCAUUGCAGAUGGAAGGAUAGUCCAGAUCAUCAAGAACUUCUCCCAGAAAUUCAGGGAUGAGCAGAUUUCUUCAGACAGCUCUGUGGUGACCUGCAGCCUGCGCAGAGUGCACACCACCCCCAACACAAUGACCAACCUCAGCGUGGCCAGCAUGGCAGCCCCUUCCGAGUGCCUGGUCUGUUCUGAGCUGGCUUUGCUCAUUCACUUCAUCCCGUGUCAGCACAGCAUCGUGUGUGAAGAAUGCUCCAGGAGGAUGAAGAAGUGCAUCAAAUGUCAAGUGACCAUAACCAAAAAACUCAAACAAGACAGCACAGAGGUGGAAUGCAGCCCCAGCACCGAGCCCACGGACCAGCGGAAGCUGAUGGAGGAGCUGCAGAGCCGCUACCGCCAGAUGGAGGAGCGUAUCACCUGCCCUAUCUGCAUCGACAACCAAAUCAAACUGGUCUUCCAGUGCGGACAUGGCUCCUGCCUUGAGUGCAGCGAGGCCCUGACUGUCUGCCCCAUCUGCAGGCAGGCUAUCCGGGACAGGAUUCAGAUCUUCGUCUGAGGAUGUGCGCUCUCCCCUCCCCUUCGCUCCCCCUCCUACCUUCCUCCCUCCCUCCCUUUGUGUGUUCAUUUAGUUGAGACUCAUGGCCCAUCCCCUGUGUUUGUCUGACUCUGAAGCCAUCCUGAAAGGGGGAAAGUGAAUCACAAGAGUCACUCGUGGGGGAAACGCUCUCCCCAUAAUGACAGCGAGACGCCAAGCUUGUGGGGAAACGGCCCUCCCGCCCUGUGUUCCUUUCCCAGCAUGGAUGGCGCCAGGCGGAAUGCUGACAGGACGUCCUCGUUCUUUGUGCUGACGACAGGAGGGACUAUGAAACCAGCGCCGGGACAGAGUGCUUUCAUGUGCAGACAUUUCAAAAGACAUCCUGCUCCUGUCUAGUUCCUUGCAGCGUCUGAUUCGCAGCCUUACACAGCUCUGGCAGGACAGGCUGCGGCACAGUCCUUCUCAUUACCCAGCAGGCUGUGGCAAAGCAAUACUCUCGCACUUUACACAAGGAGGUAUCCAGUGGGAUCGGGCACGGCCCUUGGCUCUCCCGCAGGCUUGUCGGUUGUGGGGGACUCUCGUUAGACAAUGUGCUCUCAGAACCCAGCCUUUUGGGCGUGACGAGGUACUUGGAUUUGGGCAGCGGGGAGGAGUCUGGAACUGACGUGUUCCCAGAGAGAGACAGAGCGUGUGCCUUAGAGAUAAAGUAGUGAACAUUUACUGAAGAAAAUACUGUUGCAGCACGUAUUUUUGACCUCUAAGUGACACUCUUCUGCCAGCAAUCUACCUUUUUUUUGCAGCCAUAAUUCCAGAGACUCUUGAGCUUUUUACCCAUAAUGCCAAAGGCAGGUGUCAAAUAUUCCAACCGAAAUGUAAAAAAAAAUAAAAUAAAAUACGACUAAUAAGGUGGAGGA